CGAAACGCUUGCCAGGCGUGCCACAACGCUUACUUGCUCAACGGAACGGAUCCUUAGCGACGCCAAAACCCUCUCCAUGUACUACGGCUAUCUUGCCAUGCUGUGUUGCUGAAACAUCAAACAGUGAGAACCACUUUGUGCAACCUGUGCAAAAAAAACAAUCAUUGAACUACUACCAUCAUGAUGUCCCCACUUGGUGUGGAGGUCCGAUAUGUCGAUGAUCUGAAGGGCAAGGGACUCUUUGCAGUGCGUGCCUUCAAGGCAGGUGAGGUAGUGUUUGAAGAACAACCUCUGGUUUGUUGCCAGUUUGCAUGGAAUCAAGCCUAUGGAUACCUAAGUUGUGAUUAUUGCAUGAGGCCUCUGGAAAGUGCUGAGGAGAAUGCCAGGAGGCUCUCAGGAAAACCAGAACUUGUCCUGCCUUACCCUCAAUGCUGUGUCACUGCCAAAAACCAGCACACAGAGUGUGGGGCUUGUGGUGUUCGCUAUUGCAGUGUGUCUUGCCUUGAACAGGCUUGGGCAAAAUAUCAUCGAACGUUGUGCACCCAGGCCCGCACAAGGGACGCUUCUCUAGGACAGCAUCCUCUAGACAUGUUAAAUGAUGCGUGGAAACAAAUGCAUUACCCACCAGAAACUACUAGUAUCAUGCUGCUUGCUCGAAUCAUUGCAAUGAUUCACCAGGAAAAUGAUAAAGAAAGAAUCAUGCACACAUUUAUGCAGUUUUGCCAUCGAGUUGUUAACCAUGAGGAUGAGAUUGCCCAUAAACUGCUUGGGGAACAAUUCCAAGGGCAAUUGGAAAUGCUGCGGACAUUGAUACUGCAGGCCCUACCUUCUGACAAUGCUUCUCAUAACUGGCUGACCCCUGAAGGAUUCCGAUCCUUGGUUGCUCUGGUUGGAACCAAUGGCCAGGGUGUUGGUACCAGCUCCCUGAGUGAAUGGGUGAAGAAAGUAUCUGCUCUUUCCCUUGGACCUCCAGAUAAGCAAGCCCUAGAUGUUUUUAUCAAUAAACUGUAUGAUGAUCUGGAAGAAGUUGUUGGUAGUUUCUUGAAUUGUGAAGGUUCAGCCUUAUACAGUUUGCAGAGCUCAUGCAAUCACAGUUGCAUUCCAAAUGCAGAGCCUUCUUUCCCUUAUAGUGACUUCAGACUUGUGAUGACUGCCACACGCAAUGUACAGCCUGGAGAUGAAAUUACAAUUAGCUAUCUUGAUGAAUGCACUCUGGAAAGAAGCCGCCAUUCUCGUCUCAAAAUGCUAAGGGAGAACUACUUGUUCAAUUGCCAAUGCAUUAAAUGUGAAGCUCAAGCAGGUGACCCAGACAUCACAAGUGAUGAUGAAGGAGACAAUGACUCUGAGGAAGAAUUAAUGGACGAUGAAUGUGUUGAGAAUGGUGCAACAAACAUGGGAGUUAACCCUCCUCAGUAAUAAUGCUUCAAAAUACAGUGAUUAGAUAAAGGAAAAACACUUCCAUUUACCUCCUCAUGUUAAAAUUCAAGGACCUCUGUAAAUUGCUGAUUCUGUCUCAAUUUAUGUAUCUGAGGAAUGUGACAUUUUUCUCAGUGUAUUUUAAAAAAAUACUUUCCCCAGAGAGAUUUUCAUUCUUUGUAAUUAUGUGCGCAUCUUUUAUUUAAUGCCGUGUAUACACACAUUCAUGACAUGCCAAUGAUAGGGUUAUUUAUAUUUAUUAUUAGUGUUAAUUUAUGAGUCAGGUGUUUGUGAAUAACAAUUCAUAAAUGUUGUGGAGCAUCUUGUAAAACAAGGCAGAACAUCUUUCUUUCUCAUGAUUAAUCCAUGCUGGGAGACACAUGUUCUGGAAUUUGCUUUGUGGGUCAGCCUGCAGAUACUUAUGAAGUCAGCUGCUUGUACAUUUAUUUUUUAAUGUGGUUUUCAGUGUCAGCAUUCUUGCUCUUUUUUUUACCUGAUAUUUUUUGUAAUAAUUGGUUUUGUAGAUUGUGUUUCUUGCAUUUUAAUUCUAGGAAAUUGAUCUGUGCUGCACCUCUGACAGUAUUUUAGUCAUUGUUUUUGAGGGAGCACCAAUUGGAGCUUUACAGCAGGUGGGAGGCAAUCCCCUUUAUGAAAUACAUCUAGAUUGCCUGAUAUUGUAUGUGUGCAAUUCAAAUGUAAAUUUGAUGUACGCAAAUAUUUGCCUAAUAAAACCUUACGCAAACUGA